AUGGCGCCAACCAUCUCCGACCACAGUGCGACAGGCGACCUCCUGAAAACCGUAUUGAACCGGUCCAUAUCUUCCACACUCCACACUCUAACCUCGCGGGCUACUUCAUCAUCAUCAUCAACUCACAAAACUCCCCUGGCGUCAUUAUUCGCCCUCAUCAUUCGAGGCACAGUCAACCUCACCAAACGAACAAUAACAGACACAACCAUCCUCGCAGCCCGAUCACCCAGUUCCGAACUAUUUCACCACCACCACUCGGUUCUCAUCCCUCCUUCGACUCUAUCAAAACGCCAAAAUGCCGUCCUCGCCAUCCCCACCACCUACGCCGGCUUGAACGCCGGUCCUGCCCCCGGAGCGCUCGUCGGAAUAGUUCUCGGAUCCAUCGCCGGCUUCAUUCUGAUCCUAUACAUCAUCCUCUCGGCGUUUAAAUUCUCGGCGAACCGCAAUACCACCGUGAUCGAGCAAGAUGUCGUGCAUCAUCGUCGUCGUUCGCCCCGGAGAAGUCGAAGCCGCAGCCAGGCCAUGACCGAAGUCAGUGGUGUCGGUACGCGACGGGAACGGGUGGUGGAAGAGGAGCGAGUCGUGGUCGAAGAGCAUGUGGGCCCGCCUAGUGUCGAGGAAGAGGAUAUCGUCGAGGUCAUCGAGGAGCAUUCUCCUGAACGACCUGUCAGGAAAUCAAGUGGUCGUAGUGGGUAUCGAACUGUUGAUCCGGCCGAGUUUGGAGGUGGAGGGAGGCCGAUAAGAAAGAUCUCGAGGAGGUGA